AUGGCCGGAAGGCCCCAGCGACCUGGAGCCACAAGUCACCCCUCAGACACUCGAGGCCCAUUACUAGAUUUUGAAGACUCGAAUCCAGUGUACAAUGAUGGGAGGCCGCCGCCUGUCAAUGACGAGCAGAUGCUACAUCAAUACAACAUCUCAACAUCCGACGACCCUCCUCCCCGGCCCUCUACGUCCUACGAUGAUUUCGUUGGCGGCCUCCAAUCUUCAACAGCAGGACCGCCCGGAGUAUCAGGCACUCAGACACCUCACAAGCAUGCUCCGUACCCGAAUCCUGAAAACACUGGAACGUUCUCCCAAACAUCGGAGUUGAACAGCUAUCAACGCUACUCCGACAUGGAGGAUUUCCACGAUGACGAUCGAUCAAUGCAAGGAAGCUACUACCAGCAAGUCGGUGCUGUCGAAGGGGGCUCGACACCAAUGGUCAGAGGACACAGGAAUAGGAAUAGCGUGCUGAGCUUGGGUGGAGGGCUUAUGGGUCGAGCAAAAGUCAUGCUCGGUAUGGGCCCUGAGUAUUCGGAGAUGGAUCUUCCCCUACGAGAAAACGCAGCGGGUCAGCAGAGAACGGACAACGAAAUCACGGAGGAUCAGAAACAUCCUCCAUCAAAAAAGCUACCGAGUACCUUUAAAUUUGGGCUUGGCCGAGGGAAACCAGAUCCGUCGACGCUUGGGCCACGCAUAAUACAUCUCAACAAUCCUCCAGCAAACGUACAGAACAAGUACGUUGACAAUCAUGUCUCGACUGCAAAAUACAAUUUCGCUACUUUCCUCCCCAAGUUCCUCUUCGAACAAUUCUCCAAAUACGCCAACUUGUUCUUCUUGUUCACUGCCGCAUUGCAGCAGAUACCCAACAUUUCUCCUACAAAUCGAUACACCACCAUAGGUCCUCUCAUAAUAGUCCUUCUAGUAUCUGCAGGGAAAGAGCUUGUUGAAGACUUCAAGAGAAAGAAUUCUGACAAGUCGCUCAACCAUUCAAGGGCACGAGUUCUUCGAGGCUCAUCAUUUGAGGACGUGAAGUGGAUAAGUGUCAAGGUUGGGGAUAUUGUCAGAGUAGAGUCUGAGGAGCCGUUUCCGGCGGAUCUGGUCCUACUAGCAACAUCAGAGCCUGAGGGAUUGUGUUACAUUGAGACGGCCAAUCUGGACGGCGAAACGAAUCUGAAAAUCAAACAAGCAAUUCCGGAGACUGCUAAUCUCGUGAGUCCCAGCGAGUUGAGCCGGUUAUCUGGCCGAGUACGAUCGGAGCAGCCAAAUAGUAGCCUCUACACAUAUGAGGCGACCCUUACUAUGUCUGCAGGAGGGGGCGAGAAAGAACUGCCACUUGCACCUGACCAAUUGCUCCUUAGAGGUGCAACUCUGCGAAACACACCUUGGAUCCACGGGAUUGUGGUAUUCACGGGACACGAGACAAAGUUAAUGCGUAACGCAACUGCGACUCCAAUUAAACGCACUCAGGUGGAGCGGAUGGUCAAUGUUCAGAUCCUGGCUCUUGUCUCGAUCCUCAUAGCACUCAGCAUCAUCAGCUCGGUCGGCGACCUCAUUGUUCGCGCGACGGCCAAGAAGAAGCUCCAGUACCUCUAUUACACCGAUCCAAAUGGUGCAAAGCAAUUCUUUUCUGACAUCUUCACUUACUGGGUCCUUUACUCGAACUUGGUACCAAUAUCACUUUUUGUGACCAUUGAAAUAGUCAAGUACUAUCAUGCAUUUUUGAUUAAUUCCGACCUCGACAUCUAUUAUGACAGAACAGACACACCAGCUGUUUGUAGGACUUCUUCUUUAGUCGAAGAACUCGGUCAAAUUGAGUACAUAUUUUCCGACAAGACAGGCACCCUUACAUGCAAUAUGAUGAAAUUCCGACAAUGUACCAUAGGUGGCAUACAAUACGCCGAUGAAGUGCCGGAAGACAGAAGGGCCACAGAUGCGAAUCCUUUGGGUAUUUAUGACUUUCGAAAGCUCCGCCAGAACCUGCACGAGCAUCCCAGUCGGAUCGCCAUGCAUAAUUUUUUGGCACUUCUAGCAACUUGCCACACUGUCAUCCCCGAGCGCAGAGACGAAAAACCCGGGGAGAUCAAGUAUCAAGCAGCCUCACCCGACGAGGGUGCUUUGGUGGAAGGAGCAGUCACGCUAGGUUAUCGUUUCACAGCUAGAAAACCGAGGGCGGUGAUUGUUUCCAUCGAAGGAGAAGAUCACGAGUACGAACUGCUAGCUGUGCUUGAGUUCAACUCGACCCGGAAAAGGAUGUCCACUAUUUUCAGAUGUCCAGAUGGGAAGAUUCGCGUCUAUUGUAAGGGUGCCGAUACCGUCAUUCUUGAGCGGCUUGGCAAAGAUAAUCCCGUAGUAGAGUCUACCCUACAGCACCUAGAAGAAUACGCAACAGAGGGUUUACGCACUCUUUGCCUGGCUAUGCGUGAGGUCCCAGAGCAUGAGUUCCAGCAAUGGUACCAAGUCUUUGAGAAAGCAAACACAACAGUCAGCGGUAAUCGUGCGGAAGAACUCGACAAAGCAGCUGAAAUAAUAGAACAUGAUUUCUAUCUGCUUGGUGCAACCGCUAUUGAGGACAAGCUUCAGGAUGGCGUACCUGACACAAUCCAUACCCUCCAGGAAGCAGGUAUCAAAGUUUGGGUGCUCACCGGGGACAGGCAAGAGACUGCUAUCAAUAUAGGAAUGAGUUGCAAAUUGAUUAGCGAAGACAUGACUCUUCUGAUCGUCAACGAAGAAAGUUCAGCUGCUACUAAGACCAAUCUUGAAAAUAAGCUCACUGCUGUGAAAAGCCACACAGGCGCAGCUGAGCUGGAGACUCUGGCACUAGUCAUUGAUGGCAAGUCUUUGACCUAUGCUUUAGAGAAAAAUCUUGAGAAAAUGUUCUUGGAAUUGGCAGUCAUGUGUAAAGCUGUGAUAUGCUGCCGCGUGUCGCCUUUGCAGAAAGCGCUGGUUGUCAAGCUCGUAAAGAGGAAUCUCAAGGCCAUCUUACUAGCUAUAGGGGACGGUGCCAAUGAUGUGUCAAUGAUACAAGCAGCCCAUGUCGGAGUCGGCAUCAGCGGUGUCGAAGGUCUUCAGGCUGCAAGAAGUGCCGAUGUUGCUAUAGGCCAAUUUCGCUACCUACGAAAACUUCUGCUUGUCCAUGGUGCUUGGAGCUACCAGCGAGUAUCAAAAGUAAUACUGUACUCAUUUUACAAGAACAUUGCUUUGUACAUGACACAAUUUUGGUUCGCUUUCCAGAAUGCUUUUUCAGGACAGGUCAUCUUCGAAUCCUGGACACUAUCCUUCUACAAUGUCUUCUUCACCGUCUUCCCGCCCUUCGUAAUGGGGAUUUUUGACCAAUUCAUCUCCGCCCGCCUUUUAGACCGCUACCCUCAACUUUACCGCCUUGGCCAAGCUGGCGUCUUCUUCAAAAUGCAUUCCUUCUUCUCCUGGAUUCUCAAUGGCUUCUACCACUCCCUACUCUCCUACUUCAUCUCCCAAGCCAUGUGGUACUGGUACUGGGAUACCCCCGACGUUCCUCAAUCAGAUGGAAAGAUCGAUGGUCACUGGGUCUGGGGCACGGCCCUCUACACCGCCGUCCUAGCCACUGUCCUCGGUAAGGCUGCCCUCGUCACCAACAUCUGGACUAAAUAUACCUUCCUUGCUAUUCCUGGUAGCAUGGUCAUCUGGCUCAUCUUCAUUGCCGCUUACGGCGUCGUCGCGCCGAAACUGGGGUUCUCCACGGAAUACAACGGGCUUGUGCCCCGUCUCUUCACCUCGCCUAUAUUCUAUCUCAUGGCUAUCAUCCUCCCCGCCGUCUGCCUAAUGCGUGAUUUUGCUUGGAAAUACUACAAGCGCAUGUACCGCCCGCAAACCUACCACCACGUGCAAGAGAUCCAGAAAUACAAUAUUCAGGACUACAGACCACGAAUGGAGCAAUUCCAGAAGGCGAUUCGGAAGGUCAGGCAGGUGCAGAGGAUGCGGAAGCAAAGAGGGUAUGCAUUUAGUCAAGCCGACGAAAGCCAGAAUCGCGUCUUACAGGCUUACGAUACCACGAGAGAGAGGGGCAGAUAUGGGGAGAUGGCUAGUGUGAGGGCGGGUGUGGAAAGGGCGAAAAGUAGACGACGGUAG